UGAUGAUGAUGAUGAUGAUGAUGAUGAUGAUGAUGAUGAUGACGGGGUGUUCGGUGAAUUCGUAGGCUACUGCUAUAAUUGUAUCUACCCCAAUAGGCUGAAGUUGCGCCAAACGAGAACGGCAUGAUUUAAAUAUUAUUAUUGGUCAAUUUGCAUGCAGUUGCAUUGUUUUUGGUGCUUAUUGCCAGUCCGAAAUAAAGAGACACGCUUGGAAGUGCUGAACCGCGCUAAUGUGUUUACUGACAAAAUGAACGGAAGGACAGAUCUUGGGGUUGAUAAGCACGCAAUGCUUUGUUACCCAUGGAGCCGCUUGUUUUCUGUAACUAGUGUUGAGGAAAGUCCGUCGGAGUGAGAGAGAGGGAGAGAGAAAGGGAGAGGGAGUGUUCUUCCGUGCCAGGGUGCUUGGGACGUUUCGGAUAUCACGAGUUGGGCCAGUGUCUUUCUAUCGGCGCUGACCGCUGUACUGUAAUCACCACUCUUUCAUUAAUCGCCGUCUUGUGAGAAUAUAUCUACAUCAUGGCAACCAUUGACCAGAACGGCUUGGAAGAAGGUUGGUUCGACUGGGCCUACAAAGGCGUCGACCACACCCUUCCGGGCAACGGCGGUGUAGAAUGCCGUGAUUUUCUAAGCGUCUCGCAGCGUUGCUGGGAGAGCGUGAUAGCUUCGGCAGUGGCAGUGCUGGCACUAAUUGUGGCCGUGCCGCGACUUCGGUUGCCGUGGAGACUUUCGUGCACGUACCAGAAGCCCGAGCCCGUGGGCAAGCGGCUUCUCCUGCUCCUGAUGUGUUUGACGUUUGGAGUUGAACUCGGGUUCAAGCUAGCCACGCGCCAGAUGAUUUGGAUUGGGAACCCAUGCCAUUUAGCUACCAUGAUGCAG